AUGGGGUCUGAGGCUACUAAGGAUCGAGGAAUGCGUGUUCGAUUUGCAUUACGGUGGGCUGUUUUACCCAGUUUUAUUAAGAUGGUUCAAAUAUCCAUUAUUCCAAUUAUAUUAUAUUUAUUUACUUUUUGUAAUACUCGAAGUAUAAAUUCAUUGUGGAACUUGGAAGAAAUAUGCUAUUGUCGACUUGGUUAUGGUGCUUUUGUAUAUAAUGAUUAUGGUUGUUGGUGUGGAAUUGGUGGUUCAGGCAAACCAAUGGAUGGCAUCGACAGAUGUUGUAUGUUACACGAUCUGUGCUAUGAUGCCGCAAUAAAUCAAAAAAUUUGCCCAUUUGUAAUAUGGGAAUAUAUGGAUAACUACCAAUGGAAAUGUGAAAAUCAUCAGCCAGUUUGCUUGGAUCGCACAGAAGACGACUGUAAAUCUGCUAUGUGUGAAUGUGACAAGAUGGUCGUCGAAUGUUGGGGACAAUUUGAUAAACCAAAAAUUAAAGCCGAAUGUGAAAAGUCGAAUGAGACGAAAUUCAAACUACGAAAUAGCACGUACACCAAAUGGUACAUAUAG